AUGGUAACACGCAAGUACCUCAGUGAAAAGGCAAUACCGAAAAAGUAUGCCGAGGUUAAGAUCAAUGUAGCAGCAUCUCUCCAGUCAGCAGAAAUAGUUGCCCUUACCUGUGACGGCUGGACCUCCAGGGCGACUGACUCGUAUGUCACCAUAACAUGUCACUAUAUCGGAAGCGACUGGACACUCGCGUUGCAUGUUUUACAAACCCAGGCUGUCCACACCAGCCACACAGCAAGUAACAUCGCAGCAUUGUUGAACGAGGCCUUAAUUGAAUGGAACAUUGGGGAUAAAGAACUGGCUCUCGUAACCGACAAUGCAGCAAACAUGGUCCGUGCGGCGGCGCUAAUGAAUGUGCUUCACUUUGGUUGCUACGCACAUACGCUGAAUUUAGCGUCGCAAGCGGGACUCAAACUCCCUAAAAUGGCCCAGUUGCUUGGCAAAAUCAGACGAAUAAGUGGCUUCUUUCAUCGAAGCAGCAUUGCCAGCCAUACUCUGAAAGUCAAACAAAAGCUACUAGAUCUACCCUCACAUAAGCUGAAGACUGACGUUGUAACUCGAUGGAACAGCGCAUUGGAGAUGCUUGAGUGGUUCCUGGAGCAACACCCAGCCAUAUCUGCAGCGCUGCUCUCACCUGAAGGUCGUAGAAGUGAGAAAGAUAUCUUCACUUUGUCGGAGGCUGCCAUAACUACUGCAGAAGAUAUAGUGAAAGCUCUGAAUCCCAUGAAAGUUGCCACACUAGCCAUGUCUGAAGAGUGCACACCAACUUUAUCAGUUAUUGGUCCUCUGCAUGCACAGCUGUUACAGGAGAUGAAUAUUGGACCCGGCGACUCCAAAAUCAUCAAGGACUUAAAAUCCACUAUACAUGACAACCUAAUGUCACACAUUUUCAAGACUGAUGAGAGAGAUUGUCAGUCUGGACCAAAGGAAAAUACAGAACGCAAGCAUAGAAUGAAAACUGUGCUUUUGCAGCAAGAAAGUGACAGUACUUGUGUGGAAGACACUGUGCCUGUUCACCAGAACGCCACCUCCCUGGACCCUCAUGAUGAGGUGGGAGAUGCAGAAGACCCCACAGCAGCCAAGAAGACAAAGAUGUCUGCACUGAUGGGUCUCCUUGGAGCAGCCUACAAAACAGCAGCUCCAGCAUCAAAGAAAACUGUGACUGAAAUGGCAGAAGAGGAAGUGGCAAGACACAGGGAAGCCAAGCCUAUCAUACUCUCUGAAAACCCACUAAUCUGGUGGAAGACGCAUGCAGAAGAGUAUCCUCUUUUAGCAAAACAAGGAAAUAGUUAUGUGUCCAUUUGA